UAAUCUCUCUUUCUCUCUCUCCUCUUUCAAAUCUCUGACCUCUCAAAAUUCUUUUUAUCUUUCUCUCUCCUCUGUUCUGUGUUUCUCAAUUCUCUUCUCUUUCAAACCCCCAUUUUCUCUCUCCUCUCUCCUCUCUCCUCUGUUUCUUUGUUCUCUUCUGGUUUUCCUUCCAAUUGAAGAAGAGGGCAAGAAAAACUGCAAAGAAGAGGGUUGUUUUGCAGGGAUCCGUUGGAUUUUAAAAGGGGGGUUUGGAUUUUGAAAAGUAUAUAUGAGAAAAAAAUAGCUUGUGUACAGGAGAUUUUGGUUGUUGUGAAAAGACUAUUCUGCCCUUCUAAGCUGGGAUUAAUGCGGCUGGUUUUUCUUUAUCUUUGAGAUUGAUUUCGAGAAGGAGCUACAAAACUCAUAAAUUUUUAAACUUUAAAUCUCAUUUCUUUUAUUCAUCAAUUUUGUGGGUUUUAAGAAAAUUAUUGAAAUUUGAUUAGGGUUCUUCUUCAACAACGAAGAUGCAGCAAGAUCAGCGCAAGAAGGGUCUUAAAGACACAGAGUUUUUCACUGACUAUGGUGAAGCGAAUAGAUAUAAAAUUCUCGAAGUUAUAGGAAAAGGAAGCUAUGGAGUUGUUUGUGCAGCAGUCGAUACACAUACAGGGGAAAAGGUGGCCAUUAAAAAAAUAAAUGAUAUUUAUGAGCAUAUCUCUGAUGCGAUCCGAAUCCUGCGGGAGGUAAAGCUGCUGAGGCUUUUGCGGCAUCCUGAUAUAGUUGAGAUCAAACGCAUUAUGUUGCCACCAUCAAAAAGAGACUUCAGAGAUAUCUAUGUGGUCUUCGAGCUUAUGGAGUCUGAUCUUCAUCAAGUCAUCAAAGCUAAUGAUGACUUGACCCGUGAACACCAUCAGUUUUUCCUCUAUCAAAUGUUGCGUGCUCUAAAAUACAUGCAUACAGCUAAUGUGUACCAUCGAGAUCUCAAGCCUAAAAACAUACUGGCUAAUGCCAAUUGCAAACUCAAAAUCUGCGACUUUGGCCUGGCUAGAGUAGCAUUCAAUGAUACUCCGACCACUAUUUUUUGGACGGAUUAUGUUGCUACAAGAUGGUAUCGGGCGCCAGAACUUUGCGGGUCAUUUUUCUCUAAGUAUACACCUGCCAUAGAUAUUUGGAGCAUUGGCUGCAUCUUUGCUGAGGUGCUGACUGGAAAACCGUUAUUUCCGGGUAAAAGUGUUGUACACCAGUUAGAUUUAAUCACAGAUCUUCUGGGUACACCCUCGCAUGAUGUUAUAUCUGGGGUCCGCAAUGACAAAGCACGCAAGUACUUAACUGAUAUGCGAAAAAAGCAGCCUGUUCCUUUUUCUCAGAAAUUUCCAAAUGCAGAUCCUUUAGGGUUGCGUUUGCUACAAAGAUUAUUAUCUUUUGAUCCAAAGGAUAGACCAACUGCUGAAGAGGCACUGGCUGAUCCAUACUUUAAAGGCUUAGCUAGAAUGGAGAGAGAGCCUGCAUGCCAUCCAAUCUCAAAAUUAGAGUUUGAGUUUGAGAGGCGUAGGGUGACUAAGGAGGAUGUUAGGGAAUUGAUAUACCGGGAGAUCCUCGAAUACCAUCCUCAGUUGCUCAAAGAUUACAUGAAUGGAAACGAAGGGAGUAAUUAUAUUUAUCCUAGUGCUAUAGGUCAGUUUAAGAAGCAGUUUGCACAUCUGGAGGAAAAUAGUGGUCGAAGUGGACCAGUCAUCCCUUUGGAGAGAAAACAUAUUUCCCUUCCAAGGUCGACAGUACACUGCAGUACCAUACCUCCUAAACCACAGCCUCUGGCGUCUUCACAGAGGGACCAUCAAGUAAAAGAAGAGAUGAGAACAUCUGAAAGUUAUGGGAGCUUAUCGAGCUCUUCAAGACAGCCACCGAGAGGUCCAUCAGCAAGACCGGGAAGAGUGGUAGGACCUGUUGUUUCAUAUGAGGCUGGCAGAAGCAUGAAGGAUAGCUAUGAUGCUAGGAUAUCCAUGCAAAAUGCAGUGCUACCACCACAGACAACAUCAGCCUCAUCACAGUACUACUUCAGGCCAAACGUCACGCCGCCACCUCAAACGAAGCCUGGGACAGAAAAUGAACAAGGCCGCACUUCAUGGGCCAAACAGCAGCCGCUACCUGUACAGUCGACCCAUGAAGUUGCUAUUGACAUAAACACUAACCCGUAUCACCAACCUCAACCCAAGCCGGAUCAAUAUAGCAGCAGAAUCGCCCUAGAUGCUAAGAUAUUGCAAGCUCAGUCGCAGUUUGGCGCUACAGCUGUUGCAAUGGCAGCUCACAGAAAUGUGGGCACUGUUCAGUAUGGAAUGUCAUAAAUAAUGCUAACAAGUUGUCAGACUCUUUUCUUUUUAUUGAAGGGCAAUCGAUAUGCUGAUUGCCGGGGUUGUUUUUCCUGGAAGGUUGAGGAUGUAUGUCCUCCCUUACCUUGGAUUGUUCGGUAUGUGGUUAGUGAAUUAUGCAGUAUGUCGCAUUAUUUGAGUUUGUACUUUCUCAGUAGAUGCUAGAUCAUUUCAGCUAGUAAUUCCUGCUUAAUUAUAGACAUUUUAGAAUAAGUAAAUAAAUAAAAUAAUCAAUUUGAUCAA